UAGUUUAUGGUUUGGUUGGUCGCCAUUUUCUUGAAAAAUUUGAUUUUCGAUGCCGUGUCUGUUGCUUCCUUGAAUUUUGAAUUUCUGUUUUGUCGACGUUUCAACUUGAAGCAAUAAUUUAUAUUAUGCUUCGUAGUUAUCACAUUUAAAAAGUGUGUUAUAAAAAUUGAAAUCGAUCUUGUGAAACAAAUUAUAUCACCAUGUCCGCACACGAGCAAAUGAGGGCGAUGUUGGAUCAAUUAAUGGGCACUGCCCGUAAUGGAGAAACCGAUAAGCACGGUGUUAAGUUCUAUGAUGACACUGUUUGCAAAUCAUUUUUACUGCAAUGCUGUCCACAUGAAAUUUUAUCAUCCACUCGAAUGGAUUUAGGUGAGUGUCCUAAAAUACAUGAUCUGGCGCUACGUGCGGACUUUGAAUUAGCUUCGAAAACCAAAGACUAUUUCUAUGACAUUGAUGCCACAGAACAUUUAGAGACAUUUAUUGCGGACUGCGAUCGUCGCACCACUGCGGCCAAGCAGCGCCUGGCGGAGACGCAAGAAGAGCUGUCGGCCGAGGUGACGGAGAAGGCCAACGCCGUGCACGAGCUCGCCGAGCAGAUCGGUCAGAAGCUGGCGCGAGCUGAAGCGCUGGGCGAGGAAGGAAUGGUUGAAGAGAGUGUCAAGCUCAUGGGAGAGAUAGACGAGUUGCGUAAGAAGAAAGCCGUGGCAGAGCAAGAGUACCGCAACUCGAUGCCGGCGUCGUCGUACCAGCAGCAGAAGCUGCGCGUGUGCGAGGUGUGCUCGGCCUACCUGGGCAUCCACGACAACGACCGCCGACUGGCCGACCACUUCGGAGGGAAACUGCAUCUUGGCUUCAUCACCAUCCGCGAGAAAUUAGCGGACCUUAAGAAAACAGUGGAAAAGCGUCGCGAGGAGCGUGGAGUAAUCGAGCGCGAGCGCGGGGGCGGGCGGCGCCACUACGUGGGCGGCCGCGAGCUGGACCGCCGCGCGCGUCGCCACCGCGAGACGGCGCGCGAGCGCGACCGGGACCGCACCAACGACCGCAACAAGGAGCGCGGCGAGCGGGACAAGGAGCGCACCGAGCGGGACAAGGAGCGCGCCGAGCGGGACAAGGAGCGCACCGAGCAGCGGGAGAGGGAGCGCAGCGAACGGGACAAGGAGCGGACCGAACGCACCGAGCGAGACAGGGAGCGCACCGAACGCAGACGCAGCCGGUCUCGCAGCAGGAGUAAGCGCGACGAGUCGCGAGAGAAGUCGCGCGGCCGCGACCGCGAGCGUGAGCGCGAGUCGCGCCGCAGUCGCUCCAACCGAUCCACCUCGCGAGAACGGAGACGCGAAUAGCCCGCACUCUACACCAGGGACUUAUUCUUUUUGUUGACAUUUAGCGAUUCCUGCGCCAGUGUCGCGACCUGGAGGGCUAGCACGGAUGUUAUGGUUAGCGCAUUGCGAUGAUAAAUUAAUGAUUACUAGAGGAUGCCCGCGACGUCGUCCGCCUGGAUUUAGGUUUUUAAAGAUCCCGUGGGAACUGUUGAUUUCCCGGGAUAAAAUGCCUAUGUCAAUUACAGGGACGCAAGCUACCUCGGUACCAAAU